AAAACUCAAAACUUCAAUCAAAAUGACUACAUUCGACAAAGGAGCAAAACCAGAUAUCGGCACUUUUGUUGCAUUCGACCAUGUUAGAUUUGUAGUCGGAAAUGCUAAACAAGCUGCCUACUGGUAUUGUGCAAACUUUGGCUUUGAGCCAUUUGCCUAUAAGGGGCUCGAGACAGGAUCUAGAAUUACUGCUCAACACGCUAUUCGACAAGACAAAAUCGUGUUCAUUUUCGAGUCAGCAUUGUUGCCUGAUAAUUCAGAACUCGGAAAUCACCUUGUUCAACAUGGAGAUGGAGUUAAGGAUGUGUGCUUUGAGGUUGAGGAUCUUGAUUCGAUUAUUGCACACGCAAAAGCUGCAGGAGCAACUAUUGUGCAUGAUAUUACUGAAGAGUCAGAUGCUGAUGGAUCCAUUCGAUAUGCUACGCUUAGAACGUAUGGAGAAACCGACCACACCUUGCUGGAACGUAAAAAUUAUCGUGGAGCAUUCCUGCCCGGCUUCAAGGCUCAUCCAAUGCCAGCCACAUUCUUCAAGACUCUUCCACGCGUUGGAUUGAACUUCCUCGAUCAUUGUGUCGGUAAUCAGCCAGACUUGCAAAUGGACUCAGCUGUUCAGUGGUACGAGAAGGUGCUGAAAUUCCAUCGAUUCUGGUCUGUUGAUGAUUCCAUGAUUCAUACCGAGUACUCGGCUCUUCGUUCCAUUGUUGUAACGAAUUUCGAGGAGACUAUUAAGAUGCCAAUCAACGAGCCAGCCACAUCGGACAAAAAGGCAAUCUCCCAAAUCCAGGAAUACGUGGAUUAUUACGGAGGAUCCGGUGUUCAACACAUCGCACUCAACACAUCCGACAUCAUUACUGCAAUUGAAGCUCUUCGAGCCCGUGGCUGUGAAUUCCUUUCCAUUCCAUCAAGCUACUACGAUAACCUCAAGGAACGUCUCGCGGCUUCUUCAAUGGUAGUUAAGGAGGAUAUGGAUCGUCUUCAGAAGUUGCACAUUUUGGUGGAUUUCGAUGAGAAUGGGUAUUUGCUCCAAAUCUUCAGUAAGCCAUGCCAGGACCGUCCGACACUAUUCUUGGAGAUUAUUCAGCGACAGAAUCAUGAAGGAUUCGGAGCCGGUAACUUUAAGGCUCUUUUCGAGUCUAUUGAAUUGGAACAGACAAAGAGAGGCAACUUGUUCUAUGAUAAUGUUAAGGAUGGAAAUACUAAGUAACUUAUAUUUUUUUUAUUUUGCAACGACACUUCGUUGCCAAGACCCAAAGUGAAUUCCAUGUGCCAUGAGAUUGUAUUAUAGUUCCCCCUAACAAAGAUACCCAUUCCCACAACGGUUUCCUGUUUUUUCUAUUGAUUCUUGUUGCAUUUAUAUUGAGAGAAUAAAGAUUUUAUGAAA